AUGGCUGAUCAUCACCUUUUACACUACAACGACUCCGCCGGAGUCGGCAACAGAUUCGCCCGCAAAGGUGCUUUGCGGCAGAAAAACGUGCACGAAGUCAAAAACCACAAAUUUACCGCAAGGUUUUUCAAGCAACCGACCUUCUGCAGCCACUGUACGGACUUCAUAUGGGGAUUCGGCAAACAGGGAUUCCAAUGUCAAGUGUGCUGUUUUGUGGUCCACAAACGCUGCCACGAGUUUGUAACCUUCUCUUGUCCUGGAGCUGACAAGGGCCCCGACACGGACGAUCCCAGAAGCAAGCACAAGUUCAAGAUCCACUCUUAUGGCAGUCCCACGUUCUGCGACCACUGUGGCUCGCUGCUUUACGGUCUCAUCCACCAGGGCAUGAAAUGUGACACUUGCGACAUGAACGUACACAAGCAGUGCGUUGUCAACGUGCCCAGCCUGUGCGGGACGGACCACACGGAGCGCCGGGGUCGCCUCUUCCUCAAGAUCGAGGUCAGCGGCGACAGGCUACACGUCACAGUGGGCGAAGCCAGAAACCUGAUUCCGAUGGAUCCUAACGGUUUAUCGGACCCUUAUGUCAAACUAAAGCUCAUUCCAGACCCGAAGAACGAAACCAAACAGAAGACCAGGACCAUCCGUUCAUCUUUGAACCCGUGCUGGAACGAGUCCUUCACCUUUAAACUGAAAGUAUCCGACAAGGACCGCCGUCUGUCCAUUGAGGUGUGGGACUGGGACCGGACCACAAGGAAUGACUUCAUGGGCUCCAUGUCGUUUGGGGUGUCCGAGCUGAUGAAAGCACACACGUGUGGAUGGUACAAGUUACUUAACCAAGAAGAGGGCGAGUACUACAACGUGCCCAUCCCAGAAGUUGAUGACGUGGACUUGGAACUCCGGCAAAAGUUCGAGAAAGCAAAGAUGGGCCACGGCAAGAAAGUCAUCACGCCGUCGGACCACCGGCGCUUCAGCCUCCCCUCGGGAAACGCCGAGCGCCUGCGCCUGAGCGACUUUAACUUCCUGGCGCUGCUGGGUAAAGGGAGCUUCGGCAAGGUGAUGCUGGCAGAGAUGAAGUCCACCGAGGAGCUGUACGCCAUAAAGAUCCUCAAAAAGGACGUGGUCAUCCAGGACGACGACGUGGAGUGCACCAUGGUGGAGAAGAGGGUGCUAGCGCAGAGGGACAAACCGCCUUUCCUCACGCAGCUCCACUCCUGCUUCCAAACGCUGGAUCGACUCUACUUUGUAAUGGAGUACAUCAACGGAGGAGACCUCAUGUAUCACAUCCAGCGUAUGGGCAAGUUCAAAGAGCCUCAGGCCGUGUUUUACGCAGCAGAGAUUGCUGUUGGCCUUUUUUUCCUGCAUCGGAAGGGAAUUAUCUACAGGGAUCUGAAGCUGGACAACGUGAUGCUGGACUCGGAAGGUCACAUCAAGAUCGCCGACUUCGGCAUGUGCAAGGAGAACAUGUACGAAGGCAUGUCCACGCGCACCUUCUGCGGCACCCCCGACUAUAUCGCACCUGAGAUAAUAGCGUACCAACCAUAUGGAAAGUCAGUGGACUGGUGGGCGUAUGGAGUUCUUCUCUAUGAAAUGCUUGCAGGACAGCCGCCGUUCGAUGGCGAGGACGAAGACGAGCUCUUCCAGUCCAUCAUGGAACACAACGUAUCCUACCCCAAGUCCAUGUCCAAAGAAGCCGUGUCCAUCUGCAAAGGGCUGAUGACCAAACACCCCUCCAAGCGCCUCGGCUGCGGACCCGAAGGCGAACGUGACAUCCGGGAGCAGGCUUUCUUCCGACGCAUCGACUGGGAACGUCUGGCUAACAGGGAGAUACAGCCGCCCUUCAAACCCAAAGUGUGCGGCAAAGGAGCAGAAAACUUUGACAAGUUCUUCACGCGCACGCAACCCAUGCUGACGCCGCCCGACCAGAUGAUGAUCGCCAACAUCGACCAGAGCGAGUUUGCCGGAUUCUCCUAUAUCAACCCGCAGUUUAUCCACCCUUCCCUGCAUAGUGUGGUAUGA